GUCCAUGAUACGAGGAAGUUUUGCAAGAAAUCAUUGCAAGGAAGUGCAGUCAGUUCCCCUGUACUUCAUGCAAAACCCGGAAGUUCGCGAAGUUUAUUUCACCAAUGAUGUGCACAAACUUUUUCAGCGCUCAGCAGUGUAUAGCAGUGCGCUAGCAGACAAGUUAUGCCUCCGGAUUUUAAAUGGAAAUACACUCAAAAUGUUGCUCUCUCGGUAAUGUGUUGUGUGAUCAACAAUAAUUCUUCAUAUCGGUAAGGAGAGAUAAACAGUGACUAUCAUUUCUUCAGGUGUUUUCUUCAGUUCAUGUCUAUUCUGCCUGUUGAAGUUUAUAGUUGCCAGUACCAGUGGAUCGAGCUGGAGGAGCGCAGUGCGGUGUCGUGCCUGUUGAAUGGUGUACGGAAUCAACUCUUGCCUUCAGAUGAGUGCUACAGUAUCAUGAAACAUGUCUGAAAAUUCUGUGAAGGAUAUUCUCGCAAAGUUCAGCCAAGGAAAUGGUCCACAAUUUGGUGGGCCGCCCCUGGCCCAGAAGCCCUCGGUCCAGAGCAAACCGCCCAAGGUCAUCAAACCUAAUAACUUGCCCGUCAGUAGUCAGUCGUCAAAUGGAGUUAAGUCAUCCCCUAAUGGUGUAAAGUCACCCGUGUCAAGGGUUGGGUUCCCACCAGGAGGAGGUGUGAACAUUGAGGACAUCACUAAGGUGAAGCUAAAGAAGCCACCCUUGCCCAAACCUCCUCCAGAAGCCAGACAGACCGAGAACCAAGUCCCAAGUUUUAAAUUGCAACCCAAACCCAAGCCCAAGCCAGCGGCACCUCCAAGGCAAGAACCGUCCUCACCGUUCGGCGCCGCCAAUCUUCAACCCAAGUCUCUACCUUCCGAGAGCAGUAGCCCUUUUCGGAACGAGUCCUCCCUUCAUGCCAACUCCAAACCUGCAGCUCUUGCUAAGAAACCAAAGCCUCCGGCACCGGCCAGGAAAGACAGUUUAACAAAUAUAUGUAGUGUACCCCGUAAACCGAGCCCACCAUCAGUUUCCCCUGAAGAGGAAGACAAAGAGAAUACAUGUAAUUGGAAGAAUGGGAUCGGGGCGGAUGAACCUGCUCCACCAAUUUCAGACUCAGAAAAUUCCUCAGCAUCUUCGAUAACGGAGACUCCUUUGAGGAGAACGUCAUUCCUUCACACUGUCAGCAAGAACUUGAAACAGGGAAACCGAAAGCCAGUUCUUGAACCCCUCCCACCCCUCUCAGUCAUCGGGAAUGCCCCUCGGAAGCCAGCCAAACCACCCAAUGUGUCUUUAGCAAAAUAUUUAUCUUCUUCGUCAGACUCCCCUCCCCCUCCCGUCAGACCACCGAAGCCUGGAUCUACCCCGUCCACCCCUCCCUCUCUACCUGCCAGGCCCGGAGGUGGGCUAUCGAAGACCAGGCCCCCACCCCCACAGCCAGUACCAGAGGAACAGAUACCAGAAGAUGCUGGGGAUAUCUAUGACGAUGUUGAGGGUGAACCCUCUUCUGGUGUUCCACGCAACAAUAGGCCGUUCUCUCUCAUUGAGACCAUGGAUUCUGAUGAAGAAGAAAACAUACCCGCAGAUGCUGAUGACAUAUACGAUGAUGCUGAAUCAGGAACAGCUCCGCUAACAAUACCACCACCACCAUCACAUCCUGCCCCUAUAUUGACUGUGACAGGGGCGGGGUCUAAUAGUGCACCACCCCUCCCCUCCAUCCACAGCAUUCCUGCCCUCCAUGGCAGUGGCGGAUCCAAUGUCUCAUUCCCUCCAAGGUCAGCGGAGCAUAGUGGCUCCGGGUUAGAGGAGCCAGAUAUCUACGAUGACGUAGAGGCGGAUGGAGAGCAGGAUGAAUUAUAUGAAGCAUUGGAUGUAGAUGAAGAAAGGAGAGAAGAGGCAGAUCUUGCCCAACAGAAGGAAGAACAAAGAAAACAAGAAGAGAAGAGGAGAAAGGAGGAGGAAAGACUGAGAAAAGAACAAGAGAAACAACAGAAGAAGGAGGAAGAGAAGAGG